AUGCGGGCCCGACCACCGCCGCCUCUGCUAUUGGCCACGCUAGCAAUCGUCACAACCGCCGCGCCCCUGCUUCUCUCCGAUCCCACCACAGCACCUCUCUUGCUCGUAGUGCACUCUGGCUGUCCCACGCAAGAUCCUUCACUAUAUUCUAAAAGCCGCCUGGAGCAGUAUGCUACGGCUACAAAGCAACUUUCGAAAUUAUCUCGACCCUAUCUUCUACUUAGUUAUGAAGACACCUGUGGAAUUAAUUGGGAAACCAGCAUUACCCGUAAUGCUUUGAGCGCACUAGGAGCUGGUGGCGGGGUAGUGUCCACUGGCAGACCGGGGUCUACAGUUUGCAAUAGCGUCACCGCAGCUGCGAAAGCUCUACACCGUCCACAGCCUUUGAUGUGUAACGAGCCGCACGCACGUAGCAUUGUAGUUGUACAGUUGGUUAAAAGUCUUAAGUGGCGCAGUGUGUUGUUGUUAUAUACAAAUAAUGAAAGUGAGUGCACCGUGGCGCUGCUACAAGCAGAGCAUGCGCUAACUGCAGCCGGUAUUCUUGUGAGGUCCAUGAUCUUACCUUCUGCUGUUACUAAUUUUCGUCCACAUGUUAUUGUACUUUGCGAUUUGUCAAUUGCUGCGACUAAAAUUGCUAUAAAUAUUAGCAGUGCACCAAUCUUACUAUUGCAAAUAACAGGCAAUAAGAGAUUCAAUAUGGUUCAUGCCGAAGAUAUAUCUAACUUAAGCACACGACGAACAAAUUUGCAAGAAAACUUAGAGUCGACAGCUAAAGCAGUGUUGUCAGACUUUAUUUCAGAUUACUUUGAUAUUCGAAAUAAUUUCUUAAAAAUGACAACAUUGGAAGAUGAUGAAUGGAUAAAAUUGUAUUCAUUAAACAAAAACCCCCAAAAAAAGUUAAAACGACACGCAAUAAUAGUUUCAGAUGAAGUUACAAAUAAGGAUAAAAUCAAUGAUAAUACCAGAAGAAAAAUGAAAACUUAUAAAAACAAAGCUAAUUUUCGCCGCAGACGUGACUCAGAACAUAACAUGGCAGAUGAUCAAAAUGAACAAAAUAUUGGCAUGACCAUGAUUGAAACAGCAGUUAUGAAUCGUAUAAUUAUUCUCAGUGACAAUAUACUCGAUACCAAACCAACUGCGCAAGUUGUAUAUGACGAACUCCUUGAGGCAACGUUCUUGUACCUAAAAGCUGAACACACAAGAAUUGAGCUUUCUCGUAACAUAUUUUUCUUGUUUAAAAGUGAAACUAAGAAUGAAACUUUAAAGUGGAAACGUAUCGCGAUCUUCAAAACUACUUCGACUCGAUCGUUAGACAAAUCUGAGGAAUGGGCAACGACGGUAUCACUCGAUACAUCUGGUGAGUUAGAAUUAAAAGUUUGGGGUGCAACCCAUUUCUCUGAAGAUGUGGAUGAUUUUAAAGCGGUGUUUAGCAUGGAAAUGGUGCAAUUAGCUAUUGUAUUGUUAUGCGUGGCAUGCGUAUUAUGUGUGGCUUUGGCAGUAGGUGCUGCAUUUGCAAAGCGCGCAGUGAAUCGACAUACACCAAGAAGACCGCGUGCUCUCCCUAUACUUGCCUCUGCUGAUUUCCAAUUUCCAGCAGAUGAGCGUCGUCGAGUAGGUGAGGGAAUGGAGACAAUGCUGUCAUUACUUCAACAGUUACAUGAAUUUGCCGGUCCAGAACCAGAACGUCCAGAUUUACUAAAGCAACCGGAACCUCUCGGACAAUCUGCACCAUCGUCCACAUGCAGUGUAACCCGACUGACGCCCGACAACCGUACUAGAUACAAGGGUGAUCCUGUUCACAUGAAAUAUUUACCCGCCGCUACACUUGAAUUGCGUCGUAAAACGAUCGAUAUACUGUUAGUAAUGCAAAGUCUCCGACAUGAAAACUUAAAUCCUUUCAUAGGCUGCUUAACGGAAAUUCGGCCCGCAUUGGUGUUUGAAGCAUGUGGCCGUGGCUCUUUGGAAGAUGUACUAGUAGCUGAUGACAUUCGGCUGGACUGGACGUUUCGGCUUUCCUUGCUCACUGACUUAGUCCGCGGCAUGCGCUACUUGCACUCGUCGCCUGUUCGCGUGCACGCCCGAUUGUCUUCACGAAAUUGCGUCGUUGACUCCCGAUGGGUAUUGCGCAUUACUGAUUAUGGCCUUCCUGCGUUUGCUUCGGCUCAAGCGCUGCCUUAUCCACCUCGAGCUGCUCGUGACUUAUUAUGGACGGCACCAGAAAUUCUUCGCGAGACUAGUUCGUCCACAGUGCCUGGCGGUACCCAGCCGGGUGAUGUGUUUUCGUUUGCUAUAAUUAUGCAGGAGGUUAUUGUACGUGGUGAACCUUAUUGCAUGCUAUCACUCACACCCGAAGAAAUCUUAGACAAAUUAUCGCACCCGCCUCCAUUAAUCAGACCAUCAGUGUCGAUGGGUGCGGCGCCACCGGAGGCUGUAAGCGUCAUGCGACAGUGUUGGAGUGAACAGCCUGAUUUGCGCCCUGAUUUUAAUCGACUCUACGAAGUUUUCCGUCACAUGCAUCGAGGACGAAAAGUCAAUAUUGUUGACUCUAUGUUUGAAAUGUUAGAGAAAUAUAGCAAUAACUUAGAGGAAUUAAUUAAAGAAAGGACUGAACAGCUCGACAUGGAGAAGAAGAAAACUGAACAGUUACUUAACCGUAUGUUACCGAGGUCAGUUGCAGAACGCCUAAUGUUGGGCUUGCGCGUGGAACCUGAGGAGUUCGAAGAGGUUUCCAUCUACUUCAGCGAUAUUGUCGGAUUUACCUCACUCGCCGCCCGCUCCACACCGGUGCAGGUUGUCGACUUGCUAAACGACUUGUACACGACCUUUGAUGCAGCUAUAGAACAAUAUCGUGUUUACAAGGUGGAGACAAUUGGCGACGCUUACAUGGUUGUAGGCGGGCUACCAAUUCGGUGUAGUGACCAUGCGGAAAACAUCGCCACGAUGGCCUUGCAUCUUUUACAUCUCGCAGGCCGAUUUCGAAUUCGACACUUACCCGCGACUCCGCUGCACUUACGUAUAGGGUUGCAUACAGGCGCCUGUUGCGCCGGAGUUGUAGGUCUCACUAUGCCACGUUACUGUCUCUUCGGUGACACCGUAAACACUGCUUCACGAAUGGAGUCUACUGGAGCAGCGUGGCGCAUCCAAGUGUCGGCAGCGACGGCGGAGCGCCUGGUAGCAGCCGGCGGCUAUCGCCUACGCUCCCGAGGUCUCACUCAAAUCAAAGGCAAGGGCGCCAUGCAUACCUACUGGCUACUUGGCAAAGAUGGAUUCGAUAAAAGUCUACCAACACCACCACCUCUCGAAUCUGAAGAGGUUUUAUUCGAGACAGAAGCAGAAAACGACAUAGAGGCUGCCGAGUCACUUACAGUGAAUGAUAUGCAUUCUGUGUCUGCCGUUCAGUCUGUUGAAAGACAACGUUCCGAUCCCUCCCCGGCGGUUGAUAAAUAUGCUUGGCAACGUUCGGGCGCAGCAUCUGCCGAAAGCAGUCCUCCGCCACCUAGCUUGCCACGUUGUCGAUAUUUGCGUUCCUCUGUAUCUACCGUCGCUAGUCUACUCGAUACGCCACGGCUUUCCGAUCGAUGGAGUACAACGGGAGGGCGCACGUUGCGGCGCCAGUGGUCGCUGGAGCGCGGCGACGACCUGGCGGCGGCGGCGGCCGAGUUGCCGGCCACGGGGGCGCCUCCGGCAGCGCUGGCCGGGGAGCCGCUGGCACUCAGGGCGCCGCCCGCGCGCGCUGCGAUGCCUCGCUACCGUACGAGACGCAACACGUCAAUGCAAGAUGUGUCUGAUCGG